AUGGCAGGCGCUGGGGAGCGCAAAGGCAAGAAGGAUGACAAUGGCAUUGGCACGGCCCUCGAUUUUGUGCUCUCCAAUGCCCGGCUGGUGCUGGGCGUGGGAGGGGCCGCCAUGCUGGGCAUCGCCACCCUGGCGGUGAAGCGGAUGUAUGACCGCGCGGUCAGUGCCCCCACCAGCCCCACCCGCCUAAGCCAUUCUGGGAAAAGGAGCUGGGAGGAGCCCAACUGGAUGGGUUCCCCCCGACUGUUGAACAAGGACAUGAAGACGGGCCUGAGCCGGUCCCUGCAGGCCCUUCCCACGGACACUGCCUCUGCCUUCGACACAGAUGUGUUCUGCCCGCCCCGGCCCAAGCCGUUGGCCAGGAAGGGCCAGGUAGACUUGAAGAAGUCACGACUCCGCAUGUCCCUGCAGGAGAAACUCCUCACUUACUACCGGAGCCGGGCCAACAUCCCUGCCGGCGAGCAGGCCCGGGCCAAGCAAGCUGCUGUGGACAUUUGUGCGGAGCUGCGGAGCUUCUUGCGGGCCAAGCUGCCUGACAUGCCUCUUCGGGACAUGUACCUGAGUGGCAGCCUCUACGACGACCUGCAGGUGGUGACCGCGGACCACAUCCAGCUCAUCGUACCCCUGGUGCUGGAGCAAAACCUCUGGUCGUGCAUCCCGGGUGAGGACACCAUCAUGAACGUCCCCGGCUUCUUCCUGGUUCGCCGUGAGAACCCCGAAUAUUUCCCUCGUGGGAGCAGCUACUGGGACCGCUGCGUGGUGGGUGGCUACCUGUCCCCGAAGACUGUAGCGGACACGUUCGAGAAGGUGGUGGCCGGCUCCAUCAACUGGCCGGCCAUCGGUUCCCUGCUCGACUACGUCAUCCGGCCUGCGCCGCCCCCUGAGGCCCUGACCCUAGAGGUUCAGUACGAGCGGGACAAGCACCUUGUCAUCGACUUCCUGCCCUCCGUGACCCUUGGGGACACAGUCUUGGUAGCCAGGCCCCAUCGGCUGGCCCAGUACGACAACCUAUGGCGGCUGAGCCUGCGUCCGGCCGAGACAGCACGCCUACGGGCCUUGGACCAGGCUGACUCGGGCUGCCGCGCUCUGUGCCUCAAGAUCCUCAAGGCCAUCUGCAAGUCCACCCCCUCUCUGGGCCGCCUCACUGCCAGCCAGCUCACCAACGUCAUCCUGCACUUGGCCCAGGAGGAGACCGACUGGUCUCCGGACAUGCUAGCCGACCGCUUCCUGCAGGCCUUGCGGGGGCUCAUCAGCUACUUGGAAGCCGGGGUCCUGCCCAGUGCCCUCAACCCCAAGGUGAACCUCUUUGCAGAGCUCACCCCUGAGGAAAUAGAUGAGCUAGGCUACACACUCUACUGCUCUUUGUCUGAGCCAGAGGUGCUGUUGCAGACGUAGGGCCUGGGAGGGUGGGGGCCAGGUCCAGUGUUUCCGUUUGCCACCCACUCGGCUGCUCCCCGGCCCCCAGGUGCCUGUCUCGCUGGCCACGUUACCCUUGUCACGUCCUGCUGCUGAUCAGACCGCCCUCCCCUGGCCUGUCUCUUGCCCAGCCCUUUCUAUUUUUGUUACCAAAUGCAAACACUGUGCUCGCUCCCCCAUGCCCCCAUCCCCGUCCCUGGCUCAGGCUCAUUUUUCUGGAAUGAAUCAGCAGGUGCAGCUGAGCUGUGCAGACCACUUGGCGGUAUGCAUCGGGUCACAUGUGCUUCUGCCUCCCCUUCCGUGUCCUUUCCCGAGUUCGUGCCUUCUCUGUCCUCCCCGCCAAUCACAUCUGCCUAAUCGAGAUGCUGCCUUGGAGCGGAAGGUCUCGAAGUGUCCUGCCUGCCCUCUCCAAGCUGACCUCAGCUGGUGAGUGCCGGCGGCAUUUUGGCCUUGGUCCUGCCUUGGAAUAAGGCCUGAAGAUUAGUCUCUUUCCCACCCCUCCUGUCCUAAAGUUCUGGCGGAUCCCUUUGGUCACACCCACAGCGGCGUAGUCAGGAUAAAGUGGAUGUCUGUUAUUUGGGGAUGUGUUUCUUAGUAGUCAGUGUGGAGAGCAGAGUGGGGGAAUGACCCGGUGAGUGACCUGAGACUGACAAGGAAGGUGGCAGUCAGGGACUCCCCUCCGCCCCACGGUGGGUGGUCAGCCACUUACUGGCCUUUCUGCCGUUUGGGGGAGACGCUCACGGACAUGGCUGUAGUCAUCCAGAUAAGUGGGGGCAGGUGCCAGAGACCAGCUUCUGGGGCCCCUUGCUCUGGAAUCCUACUUUAGAGCCAGAGCGGCCCCUCAGGCCCGCCUUCCCUACAGGCAGCCGAGUUCCAGGCCACCUCCAGAGUCCCAGGGCAAGCAAAUGUGCCCGUCUUCUUCCUUCGCCCUGUCUUGGCAUCUGGAGGAUGGGCACCGAUAGAAAGAGUACUUGGGGGGGGGUGUUCUGCUCUCGUCACAUCAUUUCCUGCUGUAUGCACAGCAGAGGGCAGGAGGAGUGGCACUGCAGGGCCUGCAGCUCACCCUGUGUCUUCCUGCAGGUGGGGCCGGAGCCUCAGGAUCUGGUUCUCACCUGCACCCAGUAGCUGUUCUCACCUGUCCUUUCUGGUUAUUUCUGUUCUUACUACCUCUCCACCCCCGAAUUUUGUUGAAGCGAGACAUGCAAACACACACGAGCCAUGGCUCAUUUGGACACCACCCCCUCCCCUAGACAAUGCACCCACACACCACACAUUGGAAUUUUGGGCUUCUAGAUUCUGGCCCUGGGGCUGGGAGGUUGAGAACAAGGUUGAGCCUUGGCUGUAUUUGGGUGCUUGCCUGCCUCACCUCAUUGGUUUGUUUAAGUUCUACCGCUGAGUACCUCAGGGGACCCAGUUCUGAGCAGAGCUCUCUGCCUUGCCUGUUAGGGUCAAAUGAGUAGAGGCUCUGAAUGGUGGCCCAGGGGAGGCUUUGCUCAAGGGAGGCUGGCUUCACUCUGUGCACACUGCUGGGUGUUGCCCUAGGCAGAUGGGUGGGUGGGGGGAAGAACUCCUAAGUGAAGUGGAAUUAGAAAAAUGUCUGCAGUUUUCCCCAGGGUGACAGGUGGGUACGGAGCAGCCAUUCCCUGUGUAGUUCAGGGACAGGAGUCAGGCUGGAGGUUCAGCGACCACGUGGUGAGCAGGUCCAAAGGGGUGAGAAGCCCCAGUGCAGAGCAGCUGGUAGGAGAGGUGGGGUUAUUUCAGUGGGGAGGGGGACAGGCUCAAUCCUUCCCACUUCCCCAGUCACAUCUGCAGUGCCGACCCUCACCCCAGCCCUAGGCAAGCCUGAAAGGGGGUGUGGUGGAGAUCUUGAGGUUUUUGGAUGAAGAGGGCAGCAUCCCUUCCCCUACUGCCUUUUUAAAAAUCUUUGGGGGAAGCAAGGGGACUAUCCCCCCGACCAUCUCCUCUUCUCCAGUAACUUCCCUAAGACCAUCUGCUCCUAUCCUAUCCUCUGUCCAGACAGAUAUUGGGGCCAUCUAGGUUAGCCUACAGCUUAAAAAAAGACUAAUCUUGAAAACUGGAUCAACUCCAAAGUGUGUGUAUGUUGGUUUUCUCCAUUGCUCCUUCCUAAAAAUCAGGAGCCCGGGAAAACAGUAUAUUUCUUUAUAUGCUUGGUUGUGACUUUUUUUUUUUUCCAAUAAAACACGUGUUUGGAA